UCUCUCCACCACAAGCACAAGAAAAGAAGAACACAAAUUAGUACAUGCCAACACUCCAUCGACUUCAAAAAUGUCUGGCUGGGUUCAAGAGAAGUCUGGCGAGGCCACGAAGAUGGCAUCCAAGACGGGGCAGUCCAUCCAGGACCGCGCCGUCGAGGCAAAAGACCAGACCGGCAGCUUCCUUGGCGAGAAGAGUGAAGUUGUCACGAAGGCUGCCUCCGAGACUACGGAGGCAGCCAAAAAGAUGAGUGGCGAGGCCAUGGCGAAGGCCCCGGUCGCCCCCAAGGAAAAUGUCUUCCAACAGGCUGGCGGGAAUAUGGUGGGUGCCGCUACGGAUGCCAAGGAUGUUGUCAUGAACACACUCGGGAUGGGAGGAGGCAAGUGAGAUGAGGGUGGUGCCACCAAGAAGACUGAAGGAAAUAUACCCUAGAGGCAAUAAUAAAGUUGUUAUUUUAUAUUUCCUUAUUUCAUGAUAAAUGUUUAUUAUUCAUGCUA